CGCCCCCGCUGCUACAUGGCCGACACCUGUCUAGUCUGGCUCCUGGGCCUGGCUCUCCGCCUCUCCCUGACCUCCUGCCAGAAGAUGAACUCCGCCAACAAGCCCCCCACGGUGACCACCAACUACGGCAAGUUGCGAGGGCUCAAAAAGGACCUGAACAACGAGAUCCUGGGGCCAGUGGAGCAGUACCUGGGCGUGCCCUAUGCCACCGCGCCCAUCGGAGACCGCCGCUUCCAGCUGCCGGAGGCGCCUGGCUCGUGGCAGGAGAUCCGCAACGCCACAGCGUUCGCCCCGGUGUGCCCGCAGAACGUGCACGGCGUGCUGCCAGAGAUCAUGUUGCCGGUGUGGUUCACAGACAACCUGGAUGUGGCAGCCGGCUACAUCCAGAACCAGAGCGAGGACUGCCUCUACCUCAACGUCUACGUGCCCACCGAGGACGGUCCGCUCACAAAAAAACACGAUGAGUCUACAAUGAACAGACCGAGAGAUGAAGACAUCCGUGACCGUAGGAAGAAGCCAGUGAUGCUGUUUAUCCACGGAGGCUCCUACAUGGAAGGAACCGGAAACAUGUUUGACGCCAGUGUCCUCGCCGCCUACGGCAACGUUAUCGUGGUCACUAUGAACUACCGCCUGGGCGUCCUCGGCUUCCUGAGUACAGGCGACCAGUCAGCCAAGGGAAACUAUGGUCUGUUGGAUCAGAUCCAGGCCCUGCGUUGGCUCAAUGAGAACAUCGGCCAUUUUGGGGGCGACCCUGAGCGCAUCACCAUCUUCGGCUCCGGGGCGGGGGCGUCCUGCGUCAACCUGCUCAUCCUCUCUCACCACUCCGAGGGGUUGUUCCAGAGGGCCAUAGCCCAGAGUGGCUCAGCCAUCUCCAGCUGGUCGGUCAACUACCAGCCCCUGAAGUACACUAAGAUCCUGGCCCGGAAAGUGGGCUGCAGCCACUCAGAGACAGCAGAAUUAGUGGACUGCCUGAGGAAGAAGAACUUCAGGGAGCUGGUGGAUCAGGACAUUCAGCCGGCCCGUUACCACAUCGCCUUCGGACCCGUGGUGGACGGAGACGUGGUGCCGGACGACCCUGAGAUACUCAUGCAGCAGGGGGAGUUCCUGAACUAUGACAUCCUGAUAGGAGUGAACCAGGGAGAGGGGCUGAAGUUUGUAGACGACAGUGAAGACAACGAUGGGAUCUCAGCUGCAGCAUUCGACUACACUAUCUCUAACUUUGUGGACAAUCUCUACGGCUAUCCUGAGGGUAAGGACAUCCUAAGGGAGACCAUUAAGUUCAUGUACACCGACUGGGCCGACCGUGACAACGGAGACAUGAGGAGAAAAACCCUCCUCGCCUUAUUCACGGACCACCAGUGGGUGGCGCCGGCGGUGGCCACGGCCAAACUGCACGCCGAGUUCCAGUCUCCCGUUUACUUCUACACCUUCUACCACCACUGUCAGACGGAGACGCGGCCGGAGUGGGCGGACGCGGCCCACGGGGAUGAGAUCCCCUACGUGUUUGGGGUGCCCAUGAUCGGAGCCACCGACCUCUUCCCCUGCAACUUCUCUAAGAAUGAUGUCAUGCUCAGUGCUGUAGUCAUGACAUAUUGGACUAACUUCGCUAAGACGGGGGACCCCAAUCUGCCAGUUCCUCAGGACACCAAGUUCAUCCACACCAAGCCCAACCGCUUCGAGGAGGUCAUCUGGACCAAGUUCAACUCCAAGGACAAGCAGUACCUCCACAUCGGUCUGAAGCCCCGCGUCAGGGACAACUACCGAGCCAACAAGGUGGCCUUCUGGCUGGAGCUGGUCCCUCAUUUACACUCCCUCCAUGAAGUCCUGAACCCCACCACCACCAGGCUACCUCCAGGCAGCACUCGCCCCCCCGGGGGCCCCUGGAAGCCCAAACCCCGCACCACGGGCCACCCCUACCCCACCUUCCCCGACCCCGUGGAGCCCUACGGAUCAGAGCGGCCCAGACUGGACCUCUUCCCCGGUGACACGCGGGAUUAUUCCACAGAGCUGUCGGUGACCGUGGCAGUGGGGGCGUCGCUGCUCUUCCUCAACAUCCUGGCGUUUGCCGCGCUCUACUACAAGCGGGACAAGCGUCAGGAGAUGCGGCGCCACCGGCUGUCUCCGCAGCGCCACGGCGGGCCUGCCAACGACCUGGCGCACAGCCAGGAGGAAGAGAUCAUGUCCCUGCAGAUGAAGCACUCGGAGCACGACCCGCACCACGACAUGGAGCCCCUCCGGCCCCACGACAUCCUGCGGCCCUCCUGUCCGCCCGACUACACCCUGGCCCUGCGGAGGGCCCCGGACGACGUGCCCCUCAUGACCCCCAACACCAUCACCAUGAUCCCCAGCACCAUCACCGGCAUGCAGCCCCUCCACCCCUUCAACACCUACCCAAGCACCGGCCACAACAACACCCUGCCCCACCCCCACUCCACCACACGCGUAUAG